AUGGCUGAUUCUGGAGAUGAUUCCGUCGUCAACUCAAGAGUCCAAGGCCGGCCAUUCCUAUACCCCUGGAAUCGCCGCCUGCGCCAUCUACAUGGAAUCUCCUUGCGCAAUCUCCAUGUAACCCCGAGCAGUCCUAAACGACAGGGCAAGACGACGACUGACGAUGACGCUCCCUACAAUCUUGUCAGCCCAGCAAAGCGCGCGCUGCACGAAGAGUCUAAUCCGUCGCAUCUCAUCCACUCGCGCUCAUUCACAAACCUCCCCACUGUGAUCGACGAGGCUGCAAUUGCCGGUGGUCCCCAGAGGGCUGCCACCUCCUUCGAGAGAAAUGAGAAAGGGCAAAUCAGGCCUGGCGGCGCGAGACUUCGCAGAAGAAGCACUCUACAUUGGGCUACGACCAGUCCGCGUGUACGUCAGUCGACGCUGGAAGAUAUGGUGGCCAAGCGCCUGGCCGACACUUGGGUCUCGGUACAUUGUGCAGGCAUUUCCGAACCUGUAUACAUCAGCGAGGUCAUAGAAAGAUCCAUGAAUCCGAGCUUUGCAUUUUUCGACUUGGAGAACAGCGGGCCGAGGAUUUCAAGAUCAGAUGAGUGUACCAUUCGAGUUUGGGCCCGACCUUCCAAGACAGCAGACUACUGCCUGCUUGUUGAAUUGGACUUGAAUCUACGAUCUUUGCAAUUCAUUGGACGAAGCCUGGAGAACUUCCACCACCCCUUGCCUCAAAACUGCGUCUUGCUGCAUUUAUCUGAUGGAAUCUACACGAGCUUCACAGACUUGCCCGCCGAGCCCCAUCCUCCAGUCGAGCAUUCAAUUGAUCAUAGAGCCGGCAAUAGCAAACCGGGCUCUACAUUCGAGGCCCUGAUGCAGCUUGCGAACCUGGACGAGUGUAUUCAAGAUGCUAUCAAGGUACGCUCACAGCUUGAGGAGGACAUCAACAACAUCCUUACACAGGCACACGUUCUCACGGCCGAGGAGGAGGCGGAACCCGGGAUUGACGACGAGAAUCCUCAGGCAAGGACGGCCUUGGCAGCAGAGCAAAGGCAACUUCGACAAUUGAAGAAAAGGCGAGACGAGUUGCAGGAAUCUUUGGAACAGCAGAGGCACGCUCUUGCAUUGGGGCGAGAGGCCGAGAUCGAAUCCAGGACGAUAGUACAAGAAAGAGCAAGGGAGUGCAAGGAGCUCGAAGCUCAACUCAAACAGAUUGGAGCAGACUCCAGCGGUCAGGUUAGACGGAUAUGCGAGUCGCUCCUUGCUAUUUUCCCCAUUGAGCCACUCAAGAAUCGGACGCUUCAGUUCACAAUCCGCGCCAUCCACCUCCCCAACUCGGUUUACAACGACACAAACCGAGACGAGAUUGCUGCAGCCCUUGGCUUCACUGCCCAGCUGGUGCUCCAGUUGGCACUUUAUCUGUCGGUCCAUCUACCAUAUCCAAUCGAACCAUACGGGUCGGCGUCCUACAUUACUGAUCCGAUAUCCAUUGGGCUCAGCCAACGAAGAUACCCACUGCAUCCGACAACCGUCCCUUACAAGUUUGAAUAUGGGGUCUUCUUAUUGAAUAAGGAUAUUGAGUUUCUGAUGAACCGGCAGGGUCUGAGGGUUCUUGAUAUCCGGCACACACUUCCGAACCUCAAGUACCUGCUUUAUGUGUUGACCGCAGGUACCGGUGAGAUGCCCUCGCGGAAAGCUGGCGGUGUUAGAGGACUGAUGGGAGGUCGCAUAACACCAGACAUACUGCGCCGAGCUAGCGAAGACAGUGUCCGGAGUCUGCCGGCACCGCUGAAACAAGAAUCCAACGACAUGAAGACAAUGGUUGGCAGUAGAGAAAAGGAUACUGAUCCCUUUGUGACAACAUCCCCUGCAGUGGGUCUGCCUUACCGACAAGGCUUCUCGGGCACAAGGAAUAGAUGA